AUGGAGAUCGAGUACAGGAAGAGCCCGGGCCCGAGCCCAGGCGACCAGCGUACUKCGGUGCGGCUGCGCUCCAGGACUCUGGCUGGCGGUGCGGCGGCCUACUACCCUCUGGAUUUGUUUCUAAAUGGUGAGGAGGCUCAUGUCCCUAGUCAGCGGAUCCGCGAGGCGUUGAGUCUCUUCUGGCAGUUGUCGGAGAGGGCUUCUCGGCUCCGGCUCGGGAGUUGGAGGCUGCUUCCCGCUGAGGAGCUCCCUGGCGCGUGGCGGCGUGGGAUGCAGCGCGGAAAUAUGGGCGAAGAGGGGGAUGUGGAGGCUGGUUCUGGGCUGUCUGACACGGUCUAG